AUGACAAAUAUGUGCAAAAGUUUUCCUGAUCAGGCUGUCAACUGCCUCUCAAGUAGGAGCUAUUCAUCAGAUCAAAUUAUUCUUUCAUCUAAGCCCAGGAAACUUUUGCCAGCUGUAAUCAAUUCUACAAAUGAUAAUCUGCCAGACAUCCACUAUAAAGAAAGAAGUCUCAUAUACUUUUUACGUGAUAGUGAAACGUAUUUCACUAAUCCAUGGCUGACCCAGUUUCUCCCCGCGGUCGAGAUUCUUGCAUUUGUUCUGGGUCUUCCCUUAAAUGCUUUGGCGAUUCAUAUUUUUGUGACGAAGACGAAGCUUUGGAAGCCGGCUGUGGUGUAUAUGCUCAAUCUCGCUUUUGCAGAUCUGGUCGUGCUGAGCAUGCUGCCUUUUAAAAUCGCAUACCUCAUUAAUGGACACGACUGGGUCUUUGGGCCUACUAUGUGCCGGUUGGUCUCUUCUACUUUCUUCUGCAACAUGUACAGCUCCGUUCUGCUGAUGACAGGGAUCAGCAUCGAUCGUUUCUUGGCUUUGGUUUGCCCCAUGAAGUCUCUGCCCUGGCGCACAGCAAGACGCGCCUCUGUGACCUGUUUUGCCAUCUGGCUGCUCGCCAUAAUGGGGGCGAGCCCGCUGCUUGCCUUUGAUCUCAUUCUGUGGAUACCUCAGGUGAACAUUACCACUUGCUUCGAGGUGUCUGCUCCUGUGGAAUCCUUCAACUAUUACUUAUUUGCCUUAUCUAUUUUCUUCUUUUUUAUCCCGUUACUAAUUUCUACUACUUGUUAUAUAUGCAUUAUAAGGCGACUUUUUAUGGCCAGGUUUAUGGUGCAGCCAGGGAGGAAGAGACGUGCGAUCUUCUUGUCCGGUGUUGUCCUGUGCACCUUCUUCCUUUGUUUUGGUCCGGCCAAUAUCCUGCUAUUAAUGCAAAUCUUUUUCCCGCCUGAACAGCUUCAGAGCAUCACUUUUGCUCACAUGCUCAGCCUUUCCCUGACUGCCCUCAACUGUUGCCUUGACCCCUUAAUCUACUAUUAUGCCUCCUCAGAAUGCCAGAGGCAGAUCUGGAGUGCUUUGUGCCCCAGAAAGCUGCUUCUGGUUAGAAAAGUUAGUCAAACAAGCAGUAACACAGCACCCUCUCCUAAAGGCUUAGAGCCAUCAUUUCCCAUUUAG